UGCAGCAUCGGGAAGAGGAGGCUGGGAGGCAGCCGGUGCUACUCCAGCUCACCGUCCAUGAGGGAGGCGAUCUGCGGGAAGGGCAGGAGUCCGGAUCGCGGGAGGCGCCGGUGCAAACCUCUGCCUCUGCACGUGAAUUCGGUCUUACUCUCGAUGGACAGAAACAACGCAGAUCCGUCCCCACAGCGGCAAUGCAUAAGACUGGAUACAAGCCCUGCAGAGAGCAGCUAAACAUCUCCACGCUCCUGUAGACCUAAGAAAAUGCUCCCAAAAUAAGGAGUGUGAUUCGUUACCUAUUGCAGUCGGUCCUGGGCACAACAGUGAUCCCAUUGUGUGAGCCUGGUGAAAUGGAGAACUGCACAACAGCGCUAAUCCAGACAGAGAACAGUCCACGUGUGGCUCAAGUCGGGAUAACUAGAUGCAAGCCUGAAAUGAAGGACUACUGCUUCCACGGACACUGCGUGUACAUAGUGGACUUGAAUGAGCACUAUUGCAGGUGUGACGUAGGCUUCUCUGGUGUCCGGUGUGUGCAUUCAGAACUUGUCAGACAACCCCUCAGCAAGGAGUACGUGGCGCUGACAGUUAUCGUAGUUCUGCUUUUCCUCACCGCCGUCUCUAUUGCAAGCUACUACAUCUGGAGAAGGUACCGAAGCAAGAAGAGACAAACGAACGCCGGUGAAUACAAGGAAGUUGUUGCCCUGUAGAGGAAAACGGUG